AUGUAUAAUCUGAUCAUUUUAUUACUUAUAUUUUUACUCAAUGAAGUUCCUCCUUAUUUUGGGUAUUUUACCCUUUAUAUUCAAGUUCUCAGCCGCAGGUUAGUUAAUAUUAGAGGUAAUUAUAUUUGUACACAUUACCAUCUAAAGUGUCCACAGGCAAUGUUGGAUCUACCUCUACUGUUGGUCAAUCACCAGUUAAUGGAGCUCCAGGAUUAUCUCCGCCGACCGCUCCUGGUAUUUUUAUCUUUUUUAUUAUUUUUUAAAUUGACAGUUGUGAGGCAAAAGGAGUUAUUCGUGGCACGAAAAUACAAGAAUUACUCAACGGCUACCGUCAACCCCGUAUACGUUAGAAAUCAGGAAUUGUGA